AUGGAUGGGUUGGAGCCAGAGGGGCGGGAGGAGGAGGUGGGAGAGGGUGGUGGAAGGGCGGCGACAGAGGCGGGAUCACAGCAUGUGCGUGAAGGGGGAGGGAGCGUGGGGGUUAAGGUGGGGGGGAGAAAGGCCGUGACCGUUAGGGAGCCGAGGCAGAGGAAGAAGGCCAACAAGUUGAGGGAGCGGGCGUAUCCUUGCACGUUCACUGGGGAGCCCUUGGGCGAGGGUGUGAUCGCUCCCGAGUUCCUGGACGAGGACGGAGGGUCUGAGAGUAGUAAGGGGACUGGCAAGGGUAAUAGGAAGCCGGGGUGGCAAUUUCGUGAGCUACUCAUCCUGCUAAACCGCAACUGCGCGCAGAAGAACUUCAUCCCCUCGCGCUGGACGGUUUCCCGCGAUACAGUGGUCUAUGCGGCUGCCGCUCUUCAGUCAGCCAUUGCGGAGAUGCUGGCGAAGGAGGGGGAGCUGGGGUGCAGGGUGUCCGUUCACCAUCAACAUGUGGAGGUCGCACAACAACAGGGCGUGGCUAGUGGUAACGGGUCACUGGAUCGACGAGAAUUACCAGCUGCGCACAAUGGUGUUUGA